UAGAACUUGUUGGACAUGUCGUCUUCCGAAAGAAGAGGAGCUCUGGAGUUAGUUUCUGAAAACAGAAGAUCCAGAAAUCAAGAUUUCAAGCAUCCGAGGACGCAGUUGUCUUUACCCCGGCGUCCUGUCAGGACGAGCACCUGGCGACCUGUCUGCCGUGACUUUGGACACUACAGGCAGCAGAGGCAAGGUGGUCGCAAUAACAUUCCUUCAUCACUACAUCACAACCUCAAACAUCCAAACCUCAAAGGAUCUGGGUGGACCGGUGGAGAUCGAGGGAAACCAGUGUUUAUCUCCUUUGUCACUAAAGCCAUUCUGUGGGAUAGAGGAGGCUGCCACCACAAGGUCCGUGAUCACCAGGUUCAUCAUACAGCAUCUGUGUGUCCGCGGUUUUUGUCCCACAUGAAAGCUCGUCCCGAGGUCUUCCACUCUUCUUGUCAUCCUAACAAUAAGCAGCACCAGCAGCUUCCACCUCAGAAGAAGAUGCAGAGUUUAAACAUGACUCCCGCCAAAGAGACCCAAUUUUUAGAGAAUCACUCUAACACUGGCGGAGGACUGAAUGGUGCUCAAAGUGUUUAUUCAAUCAAAAGAAGACGGCAUGCUGCUGUUCUCCCUCGUCUCCAUAUCCCAGAUACGCAGCCCCCAUCUCCAUCCGACUGUGAUCCAACGUCUCUCCAAAGCGAAACGCCUCACCUUGACCUCAAAAAACAAGAAAGCAACCCAAGCUCCAUCACUCCUCCUAAAUUGCAGCCUCGUCCUCCUGUUCCUCUCCUUGCUUCUCCUCAACCUGAGCAAAAUGAAGUUCCUGAAAGGGAAACUAUAUAUCAACCUGUUCCCCAGGAGCCUGACUGGGAUCUUAACUCCGUGCAUUCUGGAUUAUCACAUUCAGCAUCACCUACUUCUCAUUCUCUGGGGUCUCUUUCACAUUUAAGCUGGCCAUCUUCCAGUUUGUUCAGUCGGAGCACCGACCUCGCCAGUGGCAGGAGCAGCAUCCUCAGUGAUCACACUGCUGCUGAUUCUUCUCCUGAGAGGAGCAUUGGUUCCUUGCAGUCUGCACUUUCUCCAGCGAUGCAGCCGCCACUCGCCUCUUUUACACCAACAAAAUCAUUAGAGGAACAAAUGUUGAAGAGCAGCACCUGUGAAUCCGCACCUUCACUCCCUGAGCCAUUUUCUGAUGAAAUCCUCCAAAGAUGCUCAUCUUCUCUGACACCAGAAGCUGAACCUAAAUCAGAUAAGCCCAAAAGCAGCAAGAUGGUGGCAAAACGUAUAGGAAGUGCCAAAGUGGACACGUCCGGAGAGCAUGUCACCGAUUUGGCCCUGUCUGCUGAUGAAGAGUUGGAUGAGCAUGGGUUUACAUGUCGAAGCCCACUCAGGACCAUUCCACAUUCAGGAUCUGGAGUAAAGCUAACAUCUCCUCCCCUAUCUAGGCUGGAUUCACACCGCUGGCCUGUGCUGCCUCCCAUCUCCCCCAACAGAGGUUCCUCAGCAGCAUCCGGCUGCUCUGAGGUCAGCUGCACUCAGUCUCAGCUGUUUGAUGACUUGGAGGUCAUCGCUCCUCUUUCAGCCUCCAGUUUGUCUUUGGAUCGACCGUCAGACUCAUUAGACUCACCUCACUCACCUCUCACAGAGCUUUCUCCUGGACUCGCAGCGCUCACAGUGAGCUGUGAUUCUGGGAAUCUGGGCUCCAUAUCCCGGGUCCAGCUGCUCCUCUUGGAUCGUCCAGUUCAAGAGACCAGUUUGGAGGAUGCUUUUUCCCCCGUUCACGAAUGGUCUGACCUGAUGGCACCAUACGACAGCCCCGAGUGGAUUUGGACAGGUCAUUCAAGAUCUCCCACAGCUGGCAGUGGCUCUGAAAGGUGCAACUCUGCAGGCAGUUUUCAGGGAAAUAAAUGGAAUCAGUCUGAAGGAGAUUCUGGGUCGCCGUCAUCUUGCAUCAUAGACCUGAGUCCAUCCUUAGAAACACCCAGAUCCUCAGAUUCCUCCAUCCAGUCCAACCUUGAUAAUGGGAACACUGGUGAGGAGGAAACCCAUCAAACAGAAAGUAACAGCGAAGCUCUGCGUUCUGAUGGAGAACGACCUGAAGAGAAGAACCAGGGUAUGGAGGAGAGGAAAAGCAAGGCCUUAAUCAUGCUCUCCAAACUGCAGGACAGCAACCCACGUCACAGCAAAAGCGGCAGGGGCCGCUCCAACUUUGAGGACUUCGACUUUCUGGCAAAGUAUUGCAUUUUCAGUCAGGAGAAGUUGGAGGAGUACAAAAGGGCUUUUGAAGCAGAGAUUCUGUUUCACUCAUUGGAGGACAGCGACAAGGACGGCUACCUCUCCUGCCUGCAGGUUCUCCUCGCCCUCAAAACCAUCAUUCCUCCUGAGCUGCUGUCCGAAAAAGAAGAGAUCUACGUCUACAGGAUCCUGGAGAUGGUGGACUUCAGAGUGACAGACGGACUCGUGGACCUGAGGCUGUUUGCUGUGAUUGCGAGUCUGGCACAGAAAAUAGCCUCCAUGGACGAGUUUAUGCGAUCACUGAUCAGCAACAUGGACCUCCGCUCCCUUGAAGUGCGUCUCUUUAAAGCAAAGCAGCUGUUCCUGUUACUCCUGGAGGACCAGCAGGACGUGUCUGGAGCUCAGCAGGGCUUCAUCAGCAGGGAGCAGCUCUUUCUGGAGCUGAAGGCUGGAGGUAUCCAUAUGGAGCAGGAGGCGGCCAUCAGGAUGGAGCUGCAGCGCAUUCCCCCACUAGAUCUGCUGGACUUCCUGGCCUACCUGCCUCUUUUCAUGCUCAUACACAAGUCUGUGAUCUCCAACCCGCUCGAUAACUCCAGCCACCUCUGAGCUCCGCAGCUGCAUGUUAAACUGAAGGCAUUACCAUGCUGGUUUUAUAUUACAGUGAAGAAUAUAUAACGAGCUGGAUCUGCUGCUGGCUGAAGUGUUCCCAAAUACAAAAUGCUAAAUGUGCAAUUUUGUACAGUGUUUGUUAAGAAAGGGAACCUUUAAUUGAGUUUAAUUUCUCAUUUAUUUAGUUUAAGACUUGGACAAGUCCUAAGACUAAUAAAAGUUUAUGGUAAAAGACAUUCAUCCCACUUUUUCAUAUGAUAUCAGUCAAUAGUAAAGACAGAACUUUGAUCUUUGGCUUAAAACUAAAUGUAAAAAUGUCUGAUUUCAAUGCAAACAGCAGGUGUUUAUAAAUCCUGCCUGGGAAGAUGUUUGAGAAUCCAAGAAUUUUCACAAUCUUUUGUUUCAAAACAUUUAUAAAAGGAUUUAUUUUGUUUAAAUUGAGCUAUAUUAAUCCAUCCAUCAUCCAUUCAUCUGUUGUUCUUCUGGCCCUUUUCAACUUAUAUAUCCAUAAAGAGUCCCUCCAUCAUUGCAUCAAUCCAAUGCCCAUUAUUAGUCUAUCUUGGCAUCCAUCUACAUAGUCUGUUAUCCAUCUCUGUCACAUCAACGGACCAACAAUCUAUUCACUGUAUGUCAAUAAAUCCAUGGUUACCAAAAUGUAGGACAUUUUAAAGAAAAAAAGGCAUAUAUGGAAGUUAGAUCUCAAGACAUCAACCAGUUUAAAUGAGGACAACUUCUGAACAGGAGAAAACUAAUCGCUGUUCUACGACCAUUGUUCCAAAAUGUAUGUUUUAAACUCUUCUGAAUAAA